GUUAACGUUCAAAUGUGGAUGUAAACAAUAACAUUCCAGAAGAUAAUUAGAAAAUAAGAGAAACCAGUAUUUAAAUAUUAUAUUUAGAAUUUAUAAUAUUUUGGAUAAAAAUUGGUACUUUGAUUUAAUAUGUCCAAGAAAUUCACUAAGUGGAAAUCAUUUGAUUUUGGCCCAGAAACCAGUGUGGACGAAGGUAGAUCCUUAAAAAAAAAGCGAAAAAGUUUCGAUAAUACCUCAAACGCAAGUAGAGCUUCUCCAAGAACCAGUUUCGCCAGAAACAAUUCAAAUAUAGACUUCUUUAAACUCAUAGAACCCAAAACACCUUCAGAUCUGAUGAUACAUUCAAAGAAAGUGCAAGAAGUCGAAGGAUGGUUGAAGCAUGUCAUAGAACAGAAACAAAGGUUAAAGACAGAGUUUUGCUUACUCACCGGCCCCACAGGUAGCGGUAAAACCUGCACCAUACAAACCUUGUGUAAAACAAUGGGAGUAGAAGUGGCGGAAUGGACAAAUCCCGUGGAUAUUGAUUAUGAAAUCUUGAGGGGACCAGGUCAGGUCACGAAAUUUUUAGAUUUUUUUACUGAAUCAAAGUAUUGCUCUCUAUUAAGCAAAAAUGAUGGCAAAAAAGUGAUAAUAGUCAAAGAUUUUCCCAAUGUUUUCGUGAGAAACCCAAUGGAGUUUCAUAACAUUUUAGAGGAUAUAAGCUAUAAGGCGACCCAUCCAGUAGUGUUUAUAUGCACAGAUUCAAACAGCAAUGAAACUAACUUGCAAAGGCAUCUGUUUCCUGAAGAAGUAUUAUUGAAAAAUGCCAUUUCUCAUUUUGUAUUUAAUGCUUGUGCCCAAACACUCUUAAAAAAAGGAUUGAAAAGAGCUGUAAGCAUUUUAGAACUAUACCCAGAUACUUUCAAGACACCCAGUAUUAAUACAAUCGAGGCAAUUCUUGUAUCAUCCAUGGGUGACAUAAGAUGCGCCUUGAACCAACUUUAUUUGGCCAGUGUUGUAGGAAAAAAGGAUUUACCAUUGGUCACAAGGAAAUUUGAUAGUGCCACAACAAAAAAGAGACGCCAUGAAACUGUUAAAACCGUUAAGCAUAUGGUCAAGGAUGAAACAUUGGGGCUUUUUCAUGGUCUCGGAAGGGUAUUAAACCCUAAAAGGAGACAAGAGGGAACCUCUUGGCGCUUAAACUGUGACCUACAAAGGCUAGUGGACGAAUUUAGCAUUCAACCGUUGAAAUUCACCGAGUUCCUUUUUGAAAACUACGCGAAAUACUUCGGAAGUCUAGAGGAGGCCCAAAAAGCAUCCGAAAUGCUCAGUUUGUCCUCGCAACUGAUGGAAAAUUGGAGUAACCACGAAACCCUCGUUUUAGCUUUGUGGAUUUCGGUACUCGGCUGUAUGAUUUUCAACGAGCACAAAGUGAGCAAGUGGAAUCAGAUUAAAGGACCGAAGAAACUUGCCAAAGUGUGCUCGAGUGAUGAUGGUUUGUUUGUGCACCCCACUGAUCGAUAUUACUAUAAUCUCAUCAGCAAAACAGAGAAAUACUAUACCUUUAAAAAUUGUUAAUCAUUUCCGCUUUUGUUUCAAAUAAACGAUCAUUGUGAAAGUA